GCCAUUCUACAAAGGCGCCGCUGCACCUGAGACCCUCUCUCCUCUCUCUCUCUCAUCGAUCAAGAAAUCAAAGCUAGGGUUUAGCGAUGGCGAUCUCCUCUCGCUUCAGAUCUGGUCUCCCCCUCUUCCAGCGGAUCCUGAGGGCUGAAUCCACUCUUCCUCAGAUCUCCGCUGUCGGAAACCCUGGCCUCGACGGUUCGCGGAAUUUCUCGACCCAGGCGAAGGCUGCAAAUGCAGACGUCAAGGUGCCUCUGUCAUUUAUUUUGGGUUCUGGACGUUAUGCUUCUGCCCUGUUUCUGUCAGCCGCUAAAGCCAAUGAGUUAGACAAGGUUGCACAGGAGAUUGUUGACAUUGUUGAGGUUUCCAAAAGGAGUCCUUUCUUCUCACAAUUCAUCAAAGAUCUAUCACUGAUCAGGGAGACCAGAGUGAAGGCUAUUACUGAGAUGUUUUCUGAAGCUGGUUUGUCAGAUAUCACGAAGAAUUUCUUGGCUUUGUUGGCUGAAAAUGGGAGGCUAAAACAUAUUGAGCUAAUCGCGAAGAGAUAUUGGACAAUGGCACAUAAGGGGGAGGUGCAAGCCAUUGUGACGACCGUUAUUCCACUUCCAGCAGAGGAGGAAAAAGAACUGCAGCAGACACUGAAAGAGAUUCUUCCAAAUGCAAAGUCUGUUCAAGUUGAGCAAAAGAUUGACACAAGCAUAAUGGGUGGACUGGUCAUUGAAUUUGGAGAUAAGGUAUUUGAUAUGUCAAUCAAAACUAGGGCAAAGCAAAUGGAGAAAUUCCUGAGGGACCCUAUCAACUUUGACAAGAUUUAAGAGGCUUACGAGCAAAAAGAUAUAACAGCAGAUAUUUUGACUAUGCUUUGAUUUGUGCUGUUUAUCCUUUCCCUUUUGGUGUGUUUUCUUGUGAGAAUAAAAGAGCAGAUAAUCCAUCUUUUUUUCCCUCCAAAGAUUCUGUUUUUUUUUUGGGAAUUGUUUCCUUCGUUUCAUAAGUUUAAUCCAAUAAGUUCGAACUUUGAAGGCUACAUGAUUUCCUUAUGUUGAGAGACAGAAAUUUAUUGUCUACUGCAGGGCAAACUCCAUCGAAAGCUAUAUGAGAUGAGCAUGUAUAUGACGUCUCCUAUUAUUUUCA